AUGGAAGCAACAGCUGAUAAUAAUAAUAAUAUUGACUCUCAAGAACAAGAAAUCAUUGGAGAGCCAAACUUUUUCCAAUCUUUUCUUGUCAAAAAUCUCCCAUUCUAUAAAAGUUUACCAUAUCCAGGUAAAGCAGAAGAUAUGAUCAGUGAAGUUAAAGGUUUAGUUAAUGAUGAUAUUUAUGAAGGUGCUAAAGUUGAUGUAACCUUCAAAAUUUCACCAUUCUUUGAGACAUCACAUCAACUCAAUGUUUAUACACCAAAUGAAAAUAGUCGUACACCAAAAUAUUCCAAUCAAAAUGUUUACAGCAAAGAUUCUACCCUUUUAUAUGGUAAAAUCGAUAGUGAAAGAAGAUUAUUUGGUAGAUUCGAUCAAGGAUUUUUUAAUAAUUCUAUUAGAGUUUCACUCACAAAUAUGAUGGAUAAAAGUUUUAAAAAUAAUUUAGCAGGUGAAUUGGAAUUUAAACUUCCAUUCAUGAAUUUUUGUUUAAAAGCUGAUACUGAAAAUCAAAGAGGAUUUUCAUUCUUAACAUCAAUUUCAAAGAAACUUGCAAUUGGUUAUGAAAAUAGUUAUUUAUUUAAUCAUUCACAAUCAAUUAAACAAAUCCAAUUUUUUGUAAAUAAUCCACUUUCAACUUGGUCAUUAGUAGUAGGUAAUACAGCUCAAAUUGGAUCAUCAUACGUUUAUAGACAAAAAAAUUUACAUAUUGGUACUGAUUUAGUCAUGGGUAUUUCCCAAGAAGGCAAAUUCAUGUCUGAAUAUUCAUUUGGUGUCAGAUAUGCCUUCCAACAAAGUCUUGUCAAAUUCAGAGCAGACUCUCAUGGUUCAAUUUUUGGUUCUUAUGAUCAAAUGAUUAAUAGUUUCACCAAACUUAAUCUCUCUGGUUCCCUUAAUUACUUUGCUCAAGAUUACAAAUUUGGUUUGGGUUUAACUUUCCAAAAGUAA